CUGGUGGAAUACUCAAACUUUUUGAUAAUAAAAAAAUUCACGAAUAUUUGUAUAAUUGUUUAAAUAAAUUAGACCACUAACAUAUCAUUUUUGUCAUAUUUCGAAAUUUUUAAAGAAAAUGUCACAUGGUAAAAAUAUUUACUGGAUUUAUCCAACCUGAAAUGAAAACAUAAUAGGAUAGCCUCUAUUCAGAAAGGUCAUGACAUGGUUAUGAGAGGAUGAGCACUUAUAAGUACAAUUACUCAAAUAAUGUAGGAUUAUCAUAAAAAACAUUACUAAAAUGAUAACUCUUCUUAGUGAGAUUCACUUUUGGACCACCCAAGAGGAUAUAAUAAUAAAAAGUACAGACUAUGGGUCUUAUAAGUAUUAUAUAAAAAAGGAGGGAGGUGAUUCCCUCUAUGGCCAGAGCAAAAAGCUGUAUUCUGAGAACCGAGGAAUAUAUUGGAACCUCCCCAACAAAAGGCCACAGAAGUUGCGAGAAAGGAUGAAAGAAUUUGAGGAUCAUUUAGUUCACAACCGAGUAGUUUCUUUUAAUUGGGAGGAAUGUUCUUUGAAAAUUUUAUUGUCCACAGGAAUGCUGGUGACAAUUCAGCUGAACAGUAAAACUGGAGAUCCUAGUAAUAUAACCUUUGAUAAACAGUUUUCAGCUAAACUUCAGGUUAAUAUUAUUUGUGAUGGUACGAUUUUUGGCAACCAAGUGAUAUGCAUUUGUAACGAUGGCCAUGUAUUAGGUUAUGGGGGACAAUGGAAAGAUGGUUGGGUGUUGGAAGGUGGUCCAAGAAGAAAACUCAAUUACCAUGGAGAUUGGCUCGCAGUGUGGGGUAAAGCUGGGGCUGAGCAUCCUCAACCAUGGAGUCCCCUGGCCAAAGAUCACCAAAGAGCAAACCUACACCUUUAUUGGAUUGGAUCCAGAGAUCCAGAAUUGCUCUCAUAUAAAAAGACGGAUGGUGAACCUCUGCAAGUGGUUGUCAGUAAAUUCAAGAAUAGAAAUUUGAUUUUGAUUGAACAAAGGGUUACGCAGAGAGGAUCAGUAUCCGUGGAAGUCAGCAAUUUUGAACUAGUGGGAAAUAAUUUGAAGAGAGUUUCAGUAACUUCUGUACCUCUACAAACUCAAGUAAGCUGCUCUGCUUUGAGCUACCUUGAGGAUCGUCUCCUUAUUUGCUGCAUAGAUGGUUCUCUGGCACUGUUGGAUCGCAAUAGAGGAUCUACAAGAACUGUAAAAGCUUCCUUUAUUCCGACAAUGGCAUCCUGGCAUCCAGAUGGCGCUGUAAUAGCAAUCUCAAAUGAAAAAGGACAGCUGCAAUAUUUCGACACUUCUCUAAACUGCCUUAGGAGCCAGUUCCUCAACGAAGACUGUUCACCGACGCUAAUAAUAAAUCUAUCCAGUUAUUUUACAACACAGUUUAGUGUUGCAUCCAUCAAUUGGGGCCCUAAAGAUUUGAUGAUCUCUUUUGAACAAGGUCCUAUAGCUGUCGUAACACAUACGGACAAAUCUUUGAGUUUCAAAGCUAUUGUGCAGAAUUAUUUGACUCUCGGUAAAGUAGAUGAAGCCAUCAAAUUACUGCUCAGCUGGGAGUUCAAGGAAGACAGUUUUUUCGCUCUUCAGAAAAUUGUAGCUUAUUUAAUGAGGCAACCAUUAACGGAGGAAGUGGCCCAACAUUUGCAGAAUGCCUUGGGUAGUUACCACAACAGUCCCGUGCCUUUGAAACCCCAGAUAAGACAUAGGUAUGGAAAUCAGGUGAUAUCUUUGACAAGGCGCUUUUUUCAUCAACUGGUGAGGGCAGAGAUGUUUGAAACUGCUUUUCUUUUGGCUGUUGAUGUCAGUCAUCAUGAUCUCUUUAUGGAUUUACAUUAUAUUGCAGUUAAAAUUGGAGAAACCGAGAUGGCAGCAGCAGCGAGAGCUCAGGCUUCCUCUCUGUUGAGCAGGUGCUCUAGUGAAGCUUCGAACUGUUCACGUUCAUCUUGCUCCCAAUGUUCCGACUCAGGGAGUAGUUCUAGCGAAAACGAUAGCAAUUCUGAGAACCUAAAGGAAUCUUCGAAGGUAGCUACAACUAGAAGUUACGUUCCACCCCUUCCCUUGAACCCCGAUAAUUGUUUGGCUACGGAUUUCAACCAGCCUGAUCCAACAACUUACAAACCAUUCGCGGAAAAACCGAUCUCUUCCUUAAAGUAUCAGAGUGAAUAUUCUAGGUCGGGGUAUGGUUCCAGAGCUACUUAUGUAAAGGCACCUCAAGUUCCUUGUACUUUCACUAAAACAAACGUGACUAUUAGUCCAAGCUUGGUACCGCCUCCGUUGCCGUAUACUCAGCCUUUGCCGACUUCUCUAGGCAUACCUUACUCGCAAGUGAGUACAUCUUUCGGAGAUAACUCCCAAACUCCCCUAAGUUCUGUGAUCGGCAGUAGUUUUUCACUCAACGGCAACUUUUUUAGUGGCACUACUUCCAGUACUUCGUUUAUGACGAAUAGUACCACAUCUUCGGACAAGACUUUUCAAAAUUCACUAGCGACCUCUUUCAAUUCGUCAGGUCUGUCUGUGAACAACGUAAAAAGAAAUUUCGCUUCUAGUAAGAUACUUUCCCCGCCUUUACCCGACUUAACUAUGAAUACGAGUAAUUCGGAUCUUAUAAAUUUUUCGUCGACUCAUGUCCAUAGCGCGGCCAAGCCUCCUCCAUACUCACAAUCCAACACUUCGACCUCUGAAAAUACAUCCACUUCCGGUAGUAAGAAACACCAGCCGAAAGUAAAGUUUUCCGAUACCGUCACAGCUUUUAUCGUGCCUGAAAUAAAACGGCCACAAAGGCCGCUGCCUCCUGCCCACGUCACAGACCCACAGAAAGAAUUAGCGGACAGUUUACCACUUUGCCACCCCAAUGAAGACUACUUGAAGGAUUUCACACCCGUAAGGAAAGAAGACGAUACUGAAGGGUCUGAUAAUGGACAGCAGCCGAAAAUUAAGGUGGUACACUUCGGCGUUGUAUGAUAAUAUUUUCAUCGGCUUACUUAUUUACCAUUAGUGGAGUAGACAUUUUAUUUCAUUGUGGUAGCUGAGGUGAUAGAACUGCAAAAUAACCAGUGAAAGAAAGCUUUAUAUAAAAAUAAUAUUGUCGUUACUUCUUGUUUAACUUGUAUCAAGUAUUCCCACAUAUUGUAACCAUAAUGGGUCUAUUUCUCGGAAUAUAUCUUUCCU